CACGAGUGGUCUACAUUAGUGGCAAAUGCCAUACACCUGGCAGCUACUUUUGUUGAUUUUUGGUGUUUGCUAAUCAAAAUGCCGGACGAUUUUCAAUUUAAUAUCAAGUUCUGUGAACUAGUGGAACAAUAUGCAGUUCUAUAUGAUUACAGGCGAUCGGAUUACUGCAACAGAAGUGCACAAGACCAGGCAUGGGAACAAAUAUAAAAAAAAAUCAGUGCAAAUGUAUCCGAGUGGAAGAAUAUACGAGGAAGCUAUUCAAAAUAUAGGGCAAAACUACAAACAAAAUCAGGACAAGGAGCUAAACGAGUCAAAUAAUAUUAUCUGGCCCCACAUCUCCUCUUCUUGGAUCCUUUCUUGAAGUCUCGCAAAAGCAAAGGCAAC